CUUCAGGUUAAAUUGUUGCUGAAAAGCUCCGACUUUCUCAGGUUUCUGCUGUUUCUGUCACUUAGGUCUUUGCUUCUUCCGAGUUUCUCUGGCCUGACGGCGUGCAAGGAGAUGGCGGUUGCCUUCGCCCCAGCUGCAUCUGUGACGAGCUGUGGAGGAGGGUGCUUCAAUGGUGGUGGUCGCACAUCCGUGCCCCACCCUGCUCUUCCCUUGACGUCCCUACCGGCGACUUAUGCAAUUGACAAGUUUUUUGGGCAGCCAUGUGGCACGAGGCUUGUCUCCAGUGCACCACUCUCUCGAGCGCCGUUUCUUUCCAUUUCUGAGCAUGGGCUGCGGCUGGUGCGGUCACCUGGUGGUCCCCAGCUCAGGGCAUUGAAAGAGCGCUUUGCGGACCUUAACCUGGGCGGGGAUGUCCCCGACGAUGACAUGCUGGAGGACGGCAGCUUCUUGCUGGCGCAAGACCUGGAGCGCAGGCCCGCACCCCGCGGGUUUGGGCAGGGCACGGUGUAUGACACCAGCGUGGAGGAUGCGCUGAUGCGGGAUUUGGAGGCCGGCAGAGCAGGCCUGAAGAAACCACGGCAGGCGGGUGACGCGCCAGCAGUGGCGCGGAGUGAGCCAGGCAGCGGAAGGAAGAAGAGGCCACCACUCCCCCCCCCUGCGGCGCACUCGGGGCCCUUCCCGUGGCUGCUGCGUGGCACGCCGGAGGACAAGUACCCCCCCAACACGCCGGCGGGGGUGAAGGUGGCGGUGGGCAACCUGCCGCGCAAGAAGAAGGUGGGGCGCGACCUGCGCAAGGCCCUGGCGGCCGUCCCGGGGCUGCUCGUCAUCCGACCCGCAGAGGAGGGGGACCGUGACACGCGCGAUUGCACCUGCAAAGGCUCCGCCACCCUCAUCUUUGAAGACCAGCAGUACGCAGCGGGCUUCUGCACGUCGUUCCAGGGACGUGCGAUCCAGUUUGGCAAGAUCGAGCGGCGCAUCACCGCCAAGCUGGCCGACAAGCGGCAGCAGCUGCUCCUGGUGGAGGCCUCCGCUGUGAAUGACGAGGACAGCGACGAGGACGAGGAAGACGAUGUGGACGAGCUGAUUGAGGAGGGCCGCAAGAAAGGUGCGGAGCAGCUGCAGCAGCAGCGCACUCUGGAGGAGGAGGCCGGCCGGCACGCGCUGCUCGAGGGCAGCCCCCCGCAUGACGAGGCCGAGCUGCAGGCAGCCACGGUGAAAUCCCCAAAGGAGGCCCCCCCCGCCCAGGCGGCACCAGACCGCUCUCCCGCGACAAACUCGGAAAGCAGACGCGUUGACCAGCUGGCAGCAGGGAAGGCGCUCCCGGCCAGCAAGGACGGCGAGGACGGGCGCUCGGCGGCCUUGAGUGGGAAUGUGGCAGAGGCGGGCGGGGCGAGGGCGGGGCCGACGCUGGCGCGCGCGGUGCAGCUGGCCGCGGCGGCGGACAAGGACGCGGAGAAGGGCGAGGGCGAGAACAUCGAUGACCUGUUCGACGACGAGGACCUCGCCGACGCGGCACUGGACGAUGAUGGUGAUGAAGAGGAAGGUGAGUGGGACGAGGAGGCGGGGGCCGAGUGGGGCGAGGAGGACGAGGACGGGGACUGGGAGGAGGACGAGGAAGACGGGGCAGCGGAGGUGGAAAUAUCGGACUGCGCCCCGGGGGAGGAACUCGCGCCGCGGUCAGCGCGCGUGACCAAGCUGCUGGACGACGGCACGCUCAUCGUGCGCGGCCAGGAGGUGGGCCGGGUCGACCCGCGGGCCGCGAAAGACGGACAGCUGCCCGUGCCGGAGGAGGUGGCUGCCCGCAUCGCAGAGGUGACGGGAGGAGCAGCGGUAGAGGUGGAGCUGGUGACAGAGUCGGCGCUCGCGCAGAAGCGCGCGUUUGAGGAGAAGCUGGUCGCGUGGCACUUCGGCCAGCUGCCCGGCUUCCAGGGCGCGGAGCGGCCCAGCCAGGACGACGUCACCGUCACGUGGGACAGUGCCAACCGGACGAUGGUGCGCGGGGGCGGCUUCGACAAGGCAAAGCACAAGCGGCUGAAGAAGCUGCAGCGGGAGCCGCAGAACGUGCAGGAGCUGGUGCAAGGGAGGGGGGGGGCCGGGGCGCAGGCCGAGCGAGACACGAGCCGAUCAGACAUGUCGGACGAGGAAGAGGGGGCGUUCGAGUUGGACGACGAAUUUGAGGAGGAGGAAUGGGUCCUCGACGAGAGCGAUGACGAAGGGGAGGAAGAAGCGGAAGGGGCGAGAAGCGCGCGGUCAAGUGGCGGGGACAGGGAGGGCGGCGCGGGGCCGAGUGCGAGCGUGAAGGUUCCGGUGGGCAAGCUGGACUACCGCGAGCUGCUGGCCGCGGAGAAGCGCGAGCUGGCGGCGGGCAUCGCAAGGCUGAAGGCGGCGGGCAAGGCCGUGCCGGAGCCGUCCCCCGAGGUGCUGGAGCUGGUGAGCGCGCUGCUGGCCAACCCGGGCAUGUUCGACGACGACGACGAGGAGGAGCAAGCCGCGCCGGCGAAGAAGGCGGGGAGCGGCAGGCCGGGGAGGGGGCCGCGGAGCGGGCAGGCGAGAGGCGGGAAGCCGGAAGGCGAGAGUCGGCAAAGAGAGGGAUCGCAAAGCAGGCCGGCUAAUGGAGCCCCUGAAAGCAAGAAAUCUCGAAACAAGCGUCCAAGCAAGCCCCAAUAUGGUAAACUAAUAGCGAACCUCCCAAAGACUCUAUAACCGGGUUGGACGCGCUUAUGAAAAGGGUCCCCAGACGCGUUUGAUCAAGUUAACCAGAAUUACACGCGGAUACGUUCAAUACUACGUGCAUGAGAUUGAGCAGGCGAG